CGAAUGGUUGUUUUUUUCAUGCCGCAGUUUGUUGUGUUUGUAACCAUAUUUACCGUAAAUUGUAAUACGCAGAAAUAGAUUAUAUAAGUAUUUAUAACAUAUUAUGACUGAUUCUGAAAUUCCAGUAACUGAAAUCAGUACUGAAGGAAUUACUGGAUCUUUAAAAAAGAUGAAUAGCCCAGCAGCGCGUGAAUGGAUAACUCAAAGAAGAAACAGUGUUCGACCAUGGUCAGAUUUCAUUAAUACAAAUAAGUUUCGCAAGCCCUCUAGCAUCUCCCAGUGGACAAAACGAUCAGUUAAGAACAUGGAGCAUUAUCAAACGAAUUACUUGUUUGUAUUUUCAGGCCUAAUCAUUUACUGCAUAAUCACAUCACCGUUAUUGUUGAUUGCUCUGCUUAUAUUUCUUGGCGCUUGUUACGUUAUACACGUGAAAAAUGAGAAAUCAAACAUCAAAAUAUUAGGUCAUGAAAUAACACAUAUGCAACAAUAUGCUGUUGCCGGUGCGUUAACGUUCCCACUUUUCUUUGUUGCUGGAGCUGGUGCUGCUGUUUUUUGGGUUUUAGGCGUUUCUUUUCUCCUCGUUGCUCUUCACGCUUCAUUUCACAUUUCUCCCGAGGAAGGAACGACAGAGGAUGAAACCCCUUUCAUGGAAACUGUUUAAAUCUUUCCACAGAUGCUUCCAUUAGCUUACACAGCUUUACUUAACCCAAAAAAAACUAUUUUAGCCUUUUUCUCCCACAUUAAUUCUUUCACCAGACAAUGAAAGAAUGCAAAAAAAGAAGAAAAGUCUGGGAUUGGAUAAAGUGCAUAGCUAAUAAUCUUUUCUUUGUAUAUUAAUAUAUAAGAAUCCUAAAACCUUACGUACUGCUUUUCUGUAUUACAUUACCCCAAUAGUAUUGAAACAGUUCUUAAAAGUUUGUAGUUAAAACAUAAAGUCACUUUUUUAAACUUUUAGUGAUUCUGGGGCGUCAUUGUAAAAAUGCAGUUAACCCAUAGUUGCAAGCAAAGAAAACCUAAUUAAAUAAUGUGGUGAAUAUUAUAUAUACUUUGGGUCUGCUUGUUCGUAUAGAUACAUACAAGCGGGGUAAAAUCUUUUUUAUUGUGGGAAACUGUGGUACAUGUGAUGUCACCUCUGUUUUAAGUUUAGGUGCCAUGUCAUCUAGGCUCCCCGUAUGUUACGGAAACUUUAUAUAUUGUGCUUAAAUUGUGCCUUGAGUGUGGAUCUUACAAUAUUUAGUUGUUGAAGCUUUAGAUUCAAAGUCAAUAUUUUAAAGGAUUAGUUUAUAUAGCAUGCUUGAAGUGACCCUGUUUUUAUUACCUUGGUAUUAUGUAUAAAUGCACUUGAAACAUAGCCUAUACUUGCUACUACAUUAUCAAUGCGUAGGACUGGUAAAUGCUAUUCAUGUAUUAAGUUAAAUAAAACCAUGUUCUUGCUAUUCAAAUUUAAAAUA